CUCUAUUUUGAAAUGUAGGCUAUCAGAGCACACGUCCCACAUUAGAUAAGACUGCACUCUCUGUGUUUGGAUACGACUCUAUAGCCUACGCACCUGUCUGACUGUCUCUACUGCGGUCUUACGCCUCCUCUUAUCGUGAGCCAACAACACCUGGAGGAGAGUGGACUCAACCCGGCUGAGCUAAAACAUGGAGCUGUUGGCCGCUGCGCCUUUAAGACCGCAUGUGGUCUACAGCUCGCUGCUCCCAUGGCAGGCUCUGUAGGUGCACCACGCUCUCAAAGUUUGACUGGGGAAUAGCUCCGGGUACAGGGGACACGGCAGCAGCAUCCCCCCCGCCGGGAAAUACACACACACACAAGGAACCAUCAUCUGAAGAGGGGGGAAGGACCGCAGCUCGCCUGGGAGUGUCCGACUCAGGCGAUAAGAACAAUGGAAGAGGUGGCUAAACGGAUUUUCGAUUUCUAAAUGAGAAACACAAGAAGGUUAUUGUAGCGGCGUUUGCUGAGAGGGACUCCCGGCUGCAGCCUCCCCCCCCUCAGCCAUGCCGCUUGUAUUCCGCACGCUGCUGUUCGGCUUUGUAACGCUACUCGUUGUGGUUUUCAUAAUUGAUGAUAUUGCAGAAGUGGAGGAAGAAACUGCAAAUACUGGACAUUCACAGAAGAUGAACUUGCACCAGCUCAUCCCUCAACCACACAGAAAGGCUGCAGCACAAGUGGAUCCGACUGCUUUGACGAGAUUAAGCAAAGAUGUAAAUCAUCUCGGUCCGAGCUACAAUACCACUGUCAAGCUCUCGUCAAACAACUGGACCUUCAACAAGACGCUCUCCAACCUCAUCAGGAAGAAUAUUCUAAGAUUUCUUGAUCCGGAGAGAGACAUCUCUAUCCUGAAGGGCACGCUGAAGCCAGGAGAUAUCAUCCACUAUGUGUUUGAUCGCCACAGCACCAUAAACAUCUCAGAAAAUCUCUACCGUCUUUUGCCAACUGUAUCCCCCAUGAAGAACCAACAUCACAGGCGCUGCGCCAUUGUGGGAAACUCCGGGAUCCUGCUGAACAGCAGCUGUGGACCCGACAUCGACUCUCAUGACUUUGUUAUCAGGUGUAACCUGGCACCAGUGGAGGAGUACUUUCAGGACGUGGGGUGGCGGACCAACUUGGUGACCAUGAACCCUUCAGUGGUGCAGCGGGCCUUCCAGGACCUGGUCAGCGAAGAGUGGAGGGAUCGCUUCUUGCAGCGGCUUCAAAGCCUCAGCGGCAGUGUGCUGUGGAUCCCAGCCUUCAUGGCCAAGGGGGGAGAGGAGCGCGUGGAGUGGGCCCUUCGUCUCAUCCUGUUGCACACUGUGGACGUACGCACCGCCUUCCCCUCGCUGCGCCUGCUCCACGCUGUCAGAGGGUAUUGGCUAACCAACAAUGUCCACAUCAAGCGUCCGACCACUGGGCUCCUCAUGUACACGAUGGCCACUCGCUUCUGUGAAGAGAUCCAUCUUUACGGCUUCUGGCCCUUCCCACUCGACCCGCAGGGCAGAUCAGUCAAAUACCACUACUACGAUACUCUAAAGUACGAGUACACGUCCAGCUCCAGUCCUCACACCAUGCCUUUGGAGUUCAGGACCCUGAGCGCAUUGCACAGACAGGGGGCGCUCCGGCUCCACACUGGGACCUGUGAUACAGAGAGGAGACCACAGAAGGAGCUCCAGAGAAAAUAGCUUAAAAGGAGGAUCUCGAUGGAAACCACUUUCUUCACUGAGCAGACUCUGUACAGACUGUUUUCUUGUUUACACACUUUUAUGAAACUUGAAUUAACUUAUUUUCAGUAAUUGGAACUUUUUGUAUUUCAAGCUAUUUAGUGACUUGUUUCACUGGUUAACGAGAUUUCUAUGGCAACCUUUUAAAAUAAUGAGACUCUUUUCUGCUGGUGUGACCAAACUGUUCAUAGAGAUCCUGUCAUGUUCAUCUGUUGGCCCCUUUUUUAUUUUUCUUAAAAAGACCAUUUUUGAAAGUCUAUCCAGGUUUCUAGUAUGGUUAUAAGUUUAACAUUAAGGGUUCAGAACAUAUUUUGAUGUUUUGUGUUCAAAUUGGUCAUGAUACGCCAUCAAUUAAUAUCCCCAGUUUAUGAUAUGAUAGGGCUCCAUUUAAGGCUUCAGUUGUGAAUCACUUUUUGGGCCACAAGAUGGAAGCACUUAAAAAUCAGGGAGACUGAUCGUAAAAGAAGAAAUGUGUGUCAACUCUUCAAACAGUGUUUUUUAAUUUGAUGUUCAACUUGUGAUAACAAAUUUUCAUCUGAUAAUGAACUUUUUAUGCUUUUGUAGCUUCUUAUAAAAUUCGUUAAUGGUGUUUACCAAAAGUCCAGUCAACCAGAGCUGCCAUGUGAUAAGGUUAGGUUAACCAAAAGGAAAAAUGGAAGCACGUAGAAUUGUAUUCAGCUUCUUUGAGGACAAAGAGGGAGUGUACCAGCUGUUCACAUAGGAAUGUUUACACAGACUUAGCCGGCAGUAAACUCUCUUUGUUAACUUUUCUCAAAGAACACCAGCCCUGUUUCUGCACUGGAAAUGUUAGUAGUGAGGGCAGACUGUAGUUGUGUUGUGGUAGUAAGAAAAGCUUAAAUUUCUUUACAUGAAUGUAUUGGUGAUAUUCUUACAAGUGCUGUAAGAAAGGAUGCCCAUGUUGUGCUUUAAAUAAAUUACAGUUAGCAGCAGUUUCAGUGUAAUAACACUGAGAGGACGAUUAGCUCGUAACUUAUUUGCCUUCAUUAAUUUUAAAUGCUGUAUGAAAUAUACUUGUAUAGUGUGUUAGGGUUAGUAUUUUAACCAAUAUAGGUUGAUACAGAUAUGUGGGGAAUCUUUAUUGAAUUUGAGAGUAUUUUGUGCCUAUAAUCACUCAAUUUGACAAUUUGGACCAUUCACAUUCCCAGAAAUAACUGUUCAGGGUUCAUCUAAAUCAUUCUUAACAGAAUGGGAAAGAUGUAUCAAUAGUAUCACCCACUUACGAAACACUUUAUGCAGAUAUGAAUAAACAUUAAAAUAACUUCACAUAAAAAAAUAUACUUUACUGGAGACUUAAGUAAUUGUGGUCAGGAAUUAAUUCAAUUAUGUUUAUUUUUAGGCCAAUAGCAGCCUGGUUGGUCAAACCAAUACAUCAGUUUAAUGCUAGUUUGGAUUAUAUUGUUGAACUUUCAAGCUUCACCUCAGUAAAACUCUUAAUGUUUAGUUGAGUUUUUUAGGAGUUGUCUUGAUACAGGACGCUUUGGGGUAUUUUUCUGCAACAAAAUGCUUUCCAAGAGCUCUGCAGCUAAACAAGUUGCCUCUCAUGUGCUUCCAGCCAUGUGAUACAUAAUAGUGUUGUUUUGCCAGGAUGCGCCUGUUGACUCGCAUUUUGGCCCACACCCUUACUUAAAUUAAGAAUGGAUACGAAAGUUGUACUAGAGAGUGAGCGGUCUGAAGCAAUGAAUGGUUUAUUUGUCUGAGCUCGGCAAAAAUAGAAACAUUCUGCAUCCAACACAAUUAAGUUAAUUAACCCAGAAUUUGCCACUGUUGAAAAAACUUUAUACUGACCUGUACUGUACAGUAGUUUCUGCUGAUAACCUGAGGGGGUUGUGCUGUAUAGUUUCAUCUUACCUCUUUUCAUGUAUACCGUAUGUAAACAUCUGUUUAAUGUCCAAAUUUCAGCAAACAUGUUAGCUUUUGCAUGUUUUGUCUUGACUUGAUACAUACAACUUUGGUAUUUAUAUUUUUGUUGUUGUUGAAAAUAUUCAAUAUGACUCAAGGAUACUUAAAUUGUGCAGUUAUGACAAAGUGAAUGUACUUUUCUGUGGCAGAAAACAAAAGAUCAGAAUGGGGACAAUAACACUUCAAGACUCCCUUAAAACGAUUUAACACUUCAAAGGAAGUACUUUUAUUUCAGUAGUAUUUCAAAGAAAUGGAAACUAUGGAAACAACUGUGGUUACACAAAACAUAUCUGUGUCAAAAACCAAACAGGGUCUUGUUUUUUAAUAAACUUCCAAAACAAA